GAAAACCGCAAAACCCCUUUCCCCUAUGUCACUGGGUAGAGGGGGGAAAAGACUGUGAGAGAAAGAAAACGCAAAUGCUCUAAAAGCUUUGGCUAGAAAUUCUCUUUUCACCACAGCUUCCUGGAAAAUGGCAGUUAAACCGUUGUUGAAAACGAGCAUUUCAACAGGUUACAGAAGGCCUAUACAGUUCCAACAACAGAGACAAGAGGAAAAGACUCUCAUUUGACCGGUUUGUAAAGCUGAGGCAGAAGUGACUGGGAAGAGUCAGCUGUAACUCAAGUCUAGCGCAGAAACUCAUAAAUUCGACAAGAUCAUCAACAAGCUUGUGCAUUGCAGUUUACUUUGAUUCCAGCGACCUUGGGUACUUCAAGGGCGCACGACCUACGACCCGUGAAGGACCACAUAUGUUGUCUUGCAGGUUUCCUCGGGCAAACAAACCGUUUAACAAAACCUCAUUGUAUAAGAAAGUUGUAUUACGAAUUCAGAUAGACACGGUGUUACAUACCGAUGGGUAGAAAACUGUUAAAUCUGGGAAGUAUUCUUGGAAAACAAGAGGGUGUUAUUUUAAAGAAACCCCGUAUUAUGCUGUAUUGUUUAGGUUAUUGUGCGAAUAAGCCCUGAAGACUCAACCCGGUUGCUGAGCCCUUAUUUGUAGACUAUAGAACAUAUUUAUGUAUACGUUAAGGUUGGCUGAAUCUGCAAUACCCUUAAGCCUAACCUAUUUUUUUUUAAUAAUUGAUAACGUAAAAUGUUAUUUCUUAUACCAGUCACGAUCUCAUGAUGUCUUGCUUAAGAGAAAACCUCAAAGUGGAAAAAGACGUCGCAGGUGUCCUUUGCACGACGUUUUAUAAAUACCGAAUUUCAGGUGGGAAGACGCAAUGAAUAAGAUAAUACAUUUCAAAAUAGAAUCCAGUGCAUAGUCAGACAGAAAUUAUUUGAUAAUAUGUAUUUCAAGGAGCACGUAGUCUAUACGGAGGAACACGUGUGUUGCACACACAGCAGCCAAAGAUGGACAUCAUGAUGUAUGACCCGGUAUAAACGUUGAGCUAGCUUCCAGUAUGGGUGUGACUUUGAUAUCAACAAACAAUAACCUUAUCCGUCUUUCUUUCAUUUCACCUUUAAAAACAUUACGCAAAUGAUAAAACAAUUUUCUAUACUGAGUAGGUGAAAUAGUAAAGCAGGUAAGCCUACUAAGUGAACAUUAAUUACCUAUAUAUAUAUAUUCAAAGACUCGAGUAUUUGUUCAAUAAUUAAAGAUGGGCACUCAUGCGUGUGGAAACGUGGCUUACGAAAUAAGACUGUAGAGGCUACAGACCUCUGCAGCGCUUUAAUGAUGAUUUCGAUAUGGUCAUGUUUUGUGUUUCCUAUGACGCAUUCAUACAGAAAGUGAAACAACUUAAAAAACGAGUGUCGGAACAUGGAAAACACAACAAACCUCAAAACAUAUCAAAUUACAUGGGUUUAAGUUAUGAGAUUGUGUAAAUUUCGCAUCUGGUGUGAUUGUGUUGCUCUUUUGUCUUACGCAUUGUAUUACCCAGUGGCUCUAUAAUAUUUAUACAUUAUAUUUUUCAUAAUAGUCAAAUUUUACACAGUGUAUUAAUGUAGAACUGGAGUUAAGACCCAUAUUAAAGCAGAAAUAAUUUGUUUCAAUAUAAAUGUGGAAGACGAAUAAUUAUAUAUCAUAAGAUAUCACUGAUACAACGCAACGCUAAAAAUUACCUACCUACUGAGAUGAGGUCCUUUACUUUCUUUGUAAAAAAUGUCCCUUAAUAAUACAUGCGUCUAAGUAUGCAUAGUUAGUUUACAAUACAUUUUCCAAGACACAUAUUUAUUUUCAUGUGUGGAUGUAGUUUAUGUCAUAUGUAUUUGAAUUCUAGUCAAGUACGUAACUAAGGUGCAGUUAAGUAUUUUUUUCCACAUAACGGACUUGGGGUGUGAUACAAUGUUAUAUAUAUAUAGAAAGAAAAUUAUAUUCGUUAAAACACUGAAAAUAAAAAUCCGCUGGCUGAAUUAAUAUCGAGCUACUCAAUCAGACAUUAUCUGACCACUGUAUACUUGAUAGUUAUUACUGAUAAUAGCUAUUCAUCUGUUCGCGCACACUUUUUAUAGAUGUAGGCCUAGGAACACAUAUUGUAAAAUGUAAAAUCAAGUAUUUUUUAGAAUUAAACUUAGCUGAAAUCUUAUUGUAAUUUGUGUUGAUUGUAUUAUGUCUGAGAACAUAAAGAGUUGCGAGAAUUAACAGGAAUUUGUAAAGCAUUGCUUAAGUAUUUGUAAUCUGUUGCAUAUCUUUAAUUCUCAAAGGCCUAAUUCCCAAACCUUGUAUGUAUUCUAUAGGCUUUGUAUGUAUAUAGUAUGAAUUUAACAUUUAUUUUCCUGGAGAAUGUUUACAUUAGUGUUCAACACUCUGAACCCGAUCCCACCCAUAAACGGGUUUGUUUUGUCGACUAUUAUGAAUCGAUUCUAGAGGUGUCUUUGAAUUAAGACAUAUUAAAUCGAUGACAGAUACACAUCAUGCUGUGUUUAACAAGGAUUCUACAAGGAGGCGUGUGCUGAUACCAUAAAGCCGGGCAAUACUCAGGUUUACAAGUUUUGCCUCAGCAUUCAUGCAUAAAGUAAUAAACUCGCCCUAAAAGUACAACAUAAAAAAAACUUGCAUUUCAGAAGAAAAAUAAAUAUGGUUUUCAGAGACAAUGACUUUUUGCACAAAUACCUAAAAGUAAAAGGUGCUGAUUCGCAUAUACAACAUACGGUAAAUAGUUCUGUUAUCUGAAUGAAUGGCAGUUGGGACCUGUACGCAAAGUUAGACUGGAGCUCUAAGAUAAGGCUUCGUAUAAAAUCAUAUCUACACCAAACUUUGCAGUUAUUCGAUAUGUUUACACAUGUUUGUUUUUGUAUUUCUAUCUCUUUCCUUGAAACAUCAAUGAGACUGUAUGAGGUCCAAAUAGAGCAUUUUGGUAGCUGGAUGGAAUCACCUUGAGUAACAAAAUGAAAUAUAUAAACACACUUCCCCCAGUUCCCCGUUGAUUUUCUUCUUCGAUUCUCGAGAUCAAAUGCAGGAAUUUACCUACAACGUUCUACAGGUCAUAACAUUUAAUUUUCUACAUAAAAAGCUGAAGUGCGAAAAUCCCUUUUAUGUCUCGAAUCAGCAGCUCCCCUGUUAUUUGCUAUUACUUUUCACAUUAUUUUGAACAGGUGUAGACGCCCCCUUUUCAAUUAUUUAUUUUACACAAAUAAAUAAGAUCAUAUUAUCACCAUAAUUAUCUAAAGGUUUUUUUUUUCAGGUGUUAUUUUCCCCUGCAAUAAGUUUGAACUUCGGGUUAUACUUAAAAGUAUUCCCCCAGAUGUACACAUAUCGCUUAGGUAUUAUAAACCUAAGGUAAUUUACUCUUCUUUGCAAGUUUAUCUAGAUUUAGAGAUUUUCUAGACAUACAAAUACAAUUCUUAAAUCUUACAGACCACUCUGCUACGCCUAACCUCCACAAAAGUAAAAUGUUUUCCGUGUUUGUUCACAGUGUUGUUUAAUUGAUUAUAUGAUUUUGUAAAAGCCCGAAACAAAGAUCUGUUUCAGAAACAGUGAAUUUUAAAAUACGCAAGUUCGUCGUCACUCAGAGGCUGAGCUAAUUAUUAUAUGAUUCAGAAUGCUGUCCUCAGAUAUGUGAAACGAUGUCGUCGACAACCUCGUGUUUAUUUGACUGUACUUAUGCAUAUAUGUGCAUAUAUAUGUUCACAUACUACCUGUUUUUUAAAAAAUAAAGAUUCUGUACUUCAUUUUAAGAUUUGUAUCUUGAUCAAAACAAAUAUACAGUACGAUAAUACAGUUCUAAGAAAGAUCGUUAACUGAUGUGAGAUUCAGUGGGCCACUAAAUAUUUUCAAAUUUUUUGAAAUAUAUUAAUGUUCACGCACCGCAUUUUUAAUCUUUGGGCCUUAAUGUAAUUGUAUUUCUAUAGCCUCCUUUUCUGCAGUCAGUAGGCAAAAUAAAGGGGUAAACGCAAACAUGAAGAUUAGAAUUUCAUUUCUAGUUACACGCCCUAUUUGUAAAUCUUUGAUUACAUCCAUGUGUGCGACUAUCAGCGAAAAGAAAAACACACAGAUUUGCCGCUAACUUUGCGAGUACAACUUUUUUGAAACAACAGUGAGGAAGAGAGUGAGGGGGCGGAUCCCUGCUGUGCCUCUGCGCUGAAAGGCAGCCAAUCGCUUCGUUCUCCUAACUGCCAGUCACCGAAAUCCGUCCAAUACCCGCAGUGCCAUUUCUAAACUCUAUUCCCCACUGUGUCUUCCAACUGUUGUAUGUUCUGCCAAUCGCUUGAGGACAGAGUGGGAAAAGGAACAAGCAGAGUUAGAGGCAGGACAAAAGAAGUUAUAGAGACCGCUAUAUACAUAUAUAUUAAUGUUUUGGAAGGCGUGUAGUGGGGAAAAACAAUACCAGUGAGUGUGGAUGGACUUGACUGUGUAGUUAUGGAGCCCCCUUUGAGCAAGAGGAAUCCGGCGCUAAGAUUAGCGGAUUUGGCAGCGACUCAACCCCUUCCUCAUCAGAAUAUGACAGGCUUCCCGGGGAUAGGGGGGCAUCACCCUCACUCUCACCAUGCCCACCUCCACCCUGGGGAGAUGGGCAACGACCCUGGAGUGGCACUCACUCCAUUUGGACCUGAGCACAUGGCACAGACAAAUGCUCUCAAACUUAGUCCAUCUCAGCCCAUUCAAAGCCACCCUGAAGCCCAGACCGCGGCAUCUUUCGCUUCUGCACAGACUACAGUUGGCUUCCCCGCGGCUCACCCCCACUCAGGCUACACAACCAGCAGGGACUACAUCCUCAGGAGAGAGCUUUCAGCCUCUGCUAUGCAUGCACUUGGCGACCAGCAUAGUUCCGCCUCCUCCCCUCAUCACCAUGGCAUGUUUAUUUCCCCAACAGGUGCUUACGGGCACUCGGAAGGUGGUGCCCAUCCACUUUUUUCUGGACUUCACGAACAAGCUGCCCCAGGUGCCCAUCACCACGCUCUCAACGGGCAGAUGCGUUUGGGUCUUCCGGGGGACAUUUAUGGCAGGCCAGAGCACUUCGGUCACAGGCCAGAGCACUACGGACCUUCUUCCCUCCACAGCUACAACUCCAUGAACUUAAAUGUGAACAUCGCGGCAGGUCCUCACGGAGCCGCGGGGGCGUUUUUGAGGUACAUGAGGCAGCCCAUCAAGCAAGAGUUAAUCUGCAAAUGGAUUGACCAAGAACAAACUUCAAAGAAGCCCUGCUCCAAAACUUUCAGCACCAUGCACGAGCUGGUUAACCAUGUCACGGUGGAACACGUCGGGGGACCAGAGCAGAGCAGUCACGUUUGUUUCUGGGAGGAAUGUCCAAGAGAAGGAAAAGCUUUUAAGGCGAAGUACAAACUGAUAAAUCACAUCCGAGUUCACACGGGAGAAAAGCCCUUUCCCUGUCCCUUCCCUGGCUGUGGAAAAGUGUUUGCUCGCUCGGAAAACCUCAAGAUACACAAGAGGACACACACAGGGGAGAAGCCAUUCAAAUGUGAGUUUGACGGCUGCGACAGGAAAUUUGCCAACAGCAGUGACAGGAAGAAGCACUCUCACGUCCACACGAGUGACAAGCCUUACUACUGCAAAGUAAGAGGCUGUGACAAGUCAUACACGCACCCCAGCUCCUUGAGGAAGCACAUGAAGGUUCACUGCAAGUCCCCCCCGCCUCCUCCUGCCAACACCGGCUCCGCGUACCAGGCUGCAUCGAAUACACUCGGAGCUCCCCUCUCCCCGACCUCCGAGCCACCGAGGAGUCGAUCGACAACCCUCUCGCCUCAGGUUACCAACCUCAACGAGUGGUACGUGUGCCAGGGGAGCGGAGGGCCGAACAACCUCCACACCCCUCCCAGCGACGUGCCAACUUCAGACUCCGAGGACGAGGACUCUUACAGAAGCACAGAUCCAAGGACAAUGCUCUGAUGUUGACAUUCCCUGAACAACACAAUAAACUUUUUAUUGAUGUUAUCCUGUUUCAUAAAGCUGUGGCCAGUAAGUGGGGAUUACCUAUAAGCAUAUCAGCCUGCAGGGUGGUGGAUCGGAGGGGACCGAUAAGAGGACGCAGAGUGGUGAAGCAAAAAAACAAACAAAUUUACACUUUGAAAACCCCCCUGUCCACCCCCUUAAGACACAAACUGUUUUAAUUUCCAAUAUUCCGAGAAAAACUUUUUGUGUUUUUUACUUCCUUUGGAAAAAAAAAGACAGAUCUUGUGCGUGAAAGGCUUGUAGUGAACAAUGGGAGCUAAUUGUGUUGAUGAUAAUGCCGUUUGAAAAAUAAGAUGCAUUGAAUAAGAACGCUGGGUUCCAAAUAUCACACCCCCUUCUCCGGUAAUUCAUCUUUCUCAGAAGGAUUCACUUUCAGAAAUAUAGUUGAUGAACACCAAAAACUAUGACUACAAAAAUAUUUCUAAUCAAAGUUCUAAUAAACAUGAGAAAUAAGUUAAAUGAUGUGUCUAUAUAUACAGUAUAUAAUAUAUAUCAUACCUUUGUUCUGUAAUGGUGUGUACAUAUACAUGACCACAAGAAUAAAGUGGUGUGUCUUAGUCUAACAUGAUUCAGUCAUCACUGAUUAAUGGUGUUACGAUGACAUUGUCCAUAUGAUGUCAUCAUACUCUGUCACAAACCUUCAAAAUCUAACCUGUCCAAUCCAUCAGUGUCUAAUCUGUCCACAGCACAAUAAGUACAGAGAAUCUUAAUAGACCAGUGUCAUUUAUUCAAUUAUCAUUUAAUUCCUUUGCAUUAAUGUCACUUAGAGCAGCAAAUUAUUUAGAGAAUCCUAGAUCAUUUUAAAGGUGAAAUCGUCUGAGAACAUUCCAUGCAAUAUUUAAAAUUAUUUUACACAGAAAAAAAAUAAUUUUGAAUUUUAUGGCGAAGUCGCAUUCUAUUUUGUUUCAUCGAUAGGAAAGCGUUAAGGCCUGUUGCGAUAAAAGGAAGAAACACAAGGGGUACAGUCGUUGUUGAAACGUGCCCAAUAAUUACGCUUAGAUGACAGUUGUAUUUACAAGAUAUACACAGAUAUAUUUUAUGAUGAAAAAAUAGCAUCAAAUAUACAAACUCGUUAAAGAGUACUAAUUUGUCCUUUGAGACCCUAAAGAUGUAAAAUUGACAGGCCUAUCCCUGACGGAUUUGUAUAUAAUUGUAUUGUUGGCCGUGGGUGUUAUAGUCUUUGCUACAGUUAAUUAAUGUUGCUGUUGUUUUGUAAAUUGUAAUUUAUUUGCUCUCGUAAUAUUGUUCGAAAAUUACAGAUACACCAAAGAAUAAUAAUAUUAAUUUUGGUGAGACGUCGUGAUGUUUUUUUUGUCUUUUUUACGUGUUCUGUAAAAGAAUAUUAUCUUUUUACUUGAAUGAGCUGUAAUGUGAAAAGCAAUUCGCAUGCCCAGUGUAGUAGUGGCGUAAUGACUUCGUAUAUCGUCGAGGUGCAUGGCACUGUGGAUUUUGAAAGAAAAAAAUGAACCAGCUCUGAUUGUGGAGGUCUGUGAUGUUUGUGGUAAAAGAUGACAACGUGGUAAACUUGAAUAAAAUGGAAUCAGACGCUUAAAAAUAAAAACUUGUUUUUCAUACA